AUGGAAUCACUCCAAGAUCGAUCCUGCCUGCGCCGCUUCUGCGUCAGCGUCCAUGACCGGAAGCCGACUUCGAUCCCCUUUCGUCAUACCAUUCUGCAGCGGACGAACUAUGAUGCUGAGUUGCGUUUGCCAUCACUGCACUGUGGACCACGUGUGGUAAGGCAGCUGUGCAAUGUUGGAUGGUUGAAAGAGAGUUUCCAGUUGGCCGCUGCUGGAUCGACGUCCGUUUUCCGCCCCCUUAACGCCGCCAAAGACCUCGCCUUUUGGUUGCUUCCGUAA